AUGGCACCAAUGACGCGGCGAAGGGCGCACGACGACUAUGUACCGAGUGACCUCAUGGUUGACUACUACGCCCAACGAGCGUCGGUACCGGGAACACUUCUGAUUUCGGAGGCGGUGGCAACAUCUCAUCGCGCAAGUGUCUGGCAGAACACGACGGGGAUCUACAACGACAACCAGAUGAGUAAAUGGCAGACGGUUGUCGAAGCUGUACACGCAAAAGGAUCGUACAUUUUCGCACAGCUCUGGAUGACCGGACGAGCCGCCAGACCUGCGGCCGUCGCGGCCGGCGCCGAAGUGAUUUCCAGCAGCGAUAUUCCAUGGAGUCCGGAAUCCGCGGUGCCUCGCCCUCUGGAAGAAGACGAAAUCUGGGCCUGUAUCAACGAUUUCCGUCAAGCAGCUCUCAACGCCAUUGCGGCCGGGUUUGAUGGUGUGGAGAUCCACGGUGCGAAUGGCUACUUGGUCGACCAGUUCACACAGGACACGUGUAACCGCCGCACCGACAGGUGGGGAGGCAACAUUGAGAACAGAGCCCGGUUUGCAAUCGAAGUCAGCAAAGCAGUCACGGAAGCCAUUGGUGCCGACAGGGUUGGCUUUCGAAUAAGCCCCUGGUGCAAGCAUCACGGGAUGGGUAUGGGCAAUCCUAUUCCGCAAUUUACAUAUCUCUUGCAGGAGCUCCAGAAACUCCAACUGGCCUACCUGCAUAUCAUCGAGGCCAGAGUCGCAGGAAAUGCAGACGCUGAUCUUCGAGACUCGAUUGACGUCUUUGUCGAUGCGUGGAAUAACACCAGUCCGGUCAUUGUUGCCGGAGGCUACACUGCCGAAAGUGCGCUCCAGGUUGUGGAUGGCAAGUAUCGAGGCAAAGACGUUUUGGUUGCCUUUGGCCGCCAGUUUAUAUCGAAUCCAGAUCUGCCCUUCCGUGUCAAGGAGGGCAUCCCGUUCACCAAAUACAAUCGAGACACCUUCUACGAAGUCCUCUCCCCAGAAGGAUAUACUGACUACAAGUUCAGUCCGGAGUUUCAAGCAGUUCUUGGAUAG